AUGUAUUCUUUAAGAACAAGUUUUCUUAGAGUGGCACAUAGACCACAGGUGAGUGUCAGUGCCUUGAGAAAUAUUUCUCUUUCCAGUAAUUUACUUCUUCGCAAUAAAACAAGAGUAACUAGAGAAAUCCCAGAGGAGGAAGUUAGGAAAUUUGAAAGACAAAGAGAAGCAGAUAAUUAUAGUCAAAGGGACUUUUAUUAUCAAGAGCAACCUUCUACGAACACCGAUAGAUUUCAAGAUAGUCCUGCCUCAAACCGUACUGUAUUCCUGGUUCCACCAAAUGAGAAUGGCCUUAUAACUCCUGAAGACCCUAUAUAUGAUAUUCUUAAAGAACCAACAUUGGUUAUAGAACGUAAAAUGGAGAUGAUGAAUUUAUUCCUUGGGUUUGAGCAAGCAAAUAAGUACGUUAUAAUGAAUUCCACCGGUCAACAAAUUGGUUAUAUGGAGGAGAAGGAUAUGGGAAUUUUGAAGAUGAUCGGUAGACAAUUUUUCCGAUUACAUAGACCAUUUGAAUUGGAAGUAUUCAACAACUACGGUGACUCUCUUAUGACCAUUAAGAGACCAUUCUCAUUUAUUAAUUCGCAUAUUAAGGCUCUUUUGCCCGGGUACGAUCCAAAUGGUAAUUUGAUGCAUGAGGUGAUUGGAGAAUCUGUUCAAAGUUGGCAUUUAUGGAGACGUCGUUAUAAUUUAUUCAAGCUUGAUGAUGACGUAACUGACGAAUAUAACCAAUAUGGUGCUAUUGAUGCGCCAUUUUUAUCAUUUGAUUUUCCUGUGAAGAAUGAUGUGGGUGAUGUGAUUGGCUCAGUAGAUAGAAAUUGGGUGGGAUUAGGUAGAGAAAUGUUCACCGACACUGGUGUAUAUAUUAUUAGAAUGGAUCCAGCCAGUUUUGCUGGAAUGGGUGACAUAUAUCCAUCAGUUGCUGGCCCAUUGACUUUAGACCAAAGAGCUAUUCUUUUGGCCACCGCAGUAAGUGUGGACUUUGAUUACUUUUCAAGACACAGUCGUGGAGGUCCAGGUGGAGGGUUAUUCAGUUUUGGAUCUUAUGAAUAG